AUGUUUCGUUGUUGCUUGAGGACUGUUCCUCUGAGGGCAAUGCUACGUCCUCGAGCGAUCCACUCCAUGAGGCCCUCUUUCACCAACGCUCGUCAAGCCAACUUCCGAGUUGCUGGAAUGGCGACUGGUCUGGCGGCAGGCUUCGCAGUGGGCUGCUCCAUGGUGCUGAACGACGCGCCGCAAGAGAAAGAUGACAAGAAACAGGACCUCACCAGAGAAGAAAAGUUCUACAUCGAAUCCCAACAACAAACAGAAAGCAGAAAGCUCCCCGACUAUGAAGACAGUUCCAACAAGCUGUAUGUCUUCUUCAGACGGUUGUUAACCCGCCUGGAGGUCUGGAUCUGGGACCCCAUUGCCACGACCUUUCGAUUCUUCUACCUUUCGAUUCUCUUCGCCCCUGUUCUUCUUACUCUGCCCGUCAUCCUCAUCGGACCCCGGGACAAAUCCAAAGACAACGAACGAUACACUGCCAUCUGGUGGUAUGGCUUCCUCACCAAGAUGAUGGAGCGUGCUGGAGCCUCUUUCAUCAAGCUUGGUCAAUGGGCUGCCUCUCGAACUGACAUCUUCCCUCCUCAGCUCUGUGCCGAGAUGAGCGACCUUCAUUCGAACAACAAGGCCCAUUCUCUCAGAGUGACCAAAAAGACCCUGGAAGGUGCCUUUGGCAUGCCUUUUGAGGAAAUCUUUGACGAGUUCGUGGACAAGCCUCUUGGAGUGGGUGCAAUCGCCCAAGUUUACAAGGGUAAGCUGUCCCAGAAGGCGUUGAAUUCCACGAAGCAGAAGAAGGGCGAAAGAAGCCCAUCUGGUUGGGUUGCCAUCAAAGUCCUUCAUCCCCGUGUUUCCCAGAUUGUCGAGCGCGACCUCAGUAUCAUGAGAUUCUUUGCUAACAUCAUCAAUGCAGUUCCCACCAUGGAGUGGCUCUCGCUGCCCGGAGAGGUUGAACAGUUUGCCGGUAUGAUGCGUCUGCAGAUGGACUUGCAGAUUGAAGGUAAGAACUUGGAGGUUUUCAAUAAGAACUUUCAAGAUAAGGCAGACAUCCACUUCCCUCACGCAUUCCUGGAAUUCACUACCCGAGACGUUCUGGUCGAAGAGUACAUUGACGCUAUCCCUGUUCACUUGUUCCUUGAGCGAGCCAAGGAUGGUGGUGGAUUCGACAAGGAGAUUGCUAACAAGGGUCUAGAUGCGUUCUUACAGAUGCUGCUCAUUGAUAAUUUCAUCCAUGCUGAUCUGCACCCCGGUAACAUCUUCGUUCGACUCUACAAACCUGAGUCGAUGAUGCAUCAUCUUGGUUUCGGCGACCACAACAACGCCAAUGAGGACUACAUUGAGAUGCAGAAGGUGAACGAUCACCUCAAGAGUCUCAAGCAUGACCCCGCGGCGUGGGACAAGGAGAUUGAAAGACUCAAGGCUGAUGGAUACCAUGCCCAGCUUUGUAUGAUUGAUGCUGGUCUCGUUACUGAGCUCAACGAGCUGAACAGACGAAACUUCAUUGAUCUGUUCAAGGCUCUGGCUGAGUUUGAUGGCUACAAGGCUGGUGAUCUUAUGGUUCAGCGUUCUAGAACUCCUGAGACCGUCAUCGACCCUGAAACAUAUGCCCUUAAGGUCGGAAAGCUUGUUGCUCAGAUGAAGAGCCGAACAUUCAAGCUUGGAAACUUCAAGAUUGGUGAUCUCUUGACGCAGGUACUUGCCAUGGUGCGGCAACACCACGUGCGAAUGGAACCCGAUUUUAUCACAGUCAUUCUCUCCAUUCUGCUAUUAGAGGGCAUCGGCCGACAGCUGAACCCUGACCUGGAUCUCUUCAAGAACGCUAUUCCCGUUUUGCGAGAGCUCGGAACCCACUCUGGAGACGGACGAGCUCUUUUCAACAACGAAGACAUGAUGUCUAUGCUUAAGGUCUGGCUUGCCCUUGAGACUCGACAGUUCAUCUCCGCCUCGGUCGAGGAAGUAAACCAGCAGGUCAAAUACGACGGACUAUGCCCCAAUGUCUAA